CCCGGUCCUGGCUUCGGCCCCAGACCGACCAUGGUGACGCUCGCUGAGCUGCUGAUGCUCCUGGCCGCCCUCCUGGCCACGGCCUCGGGCUACUUCGUCAGCAUCGACGCGCAUGCCGAGGAGUGCUUCUUCGAGCGGGUCACCUCGGGCACCAAGAUGGGCCUCAUCUUCGAGGUGGCCGAGGGCGGCUUCCCGGACAUCGAUGUGGAGAUUACAGGGCCUGAUAAUAAAGGAAUUUAUAAAGGAGACCGGGAGUCCAGUGGGAAAUACACAUUUGCUGCUCACAUGGAUGGAACAUAUAAGUUUUGUUUUAGCAAUAGGAUGUCCACCAUGACUCCAAAGAUAGUGAUGCUCACCACUGAUACUGGGGAGGCCCCCAAAGGACAAGACAUGGAAACAGAAGCUCACCAGAACGAGUUAGAAGAAAUGAUUAAUGAGCUCACAGGGGCGAUGACAGCUGUAAAGCAUGAACAGGAAUACAUGGAAGUUCGGGAGAGAAUACACAGAGCAAUUAAUGACAACACAAACAGCAGAGUGGUCCUUUGGUCCUUCUUUGAAGCUCUUGUUCUAGUUGCCAUGACAUUGGGACAGAUCUACUACCUGAAGAGAUUUUUUGAAGUCCGGAGGGUUGUUUAAAAAGCCUUUUCCUGAUGAUCUGAAACUCAUAAUUCACUGUUUACCAAACAUCUUGGUCAUAAUAAUGUCAUUAGUUUCUACGUUUUUAUUUUCUAAACUGUACAUUCACAGCUUCUGUUUCUUUGUGAUUAAUAGAUAUUGGGGGAAACACUUUUUUAGGAAAGUUAUAGUGAAAAUUUGACACGUGAUUGGCAUGAUUUCAUAUUUCAGUUCUUUCUCCAUAUACAGGUCCUUCCAGAACUCAAACACUGUAAGUGGACUAUAGGUGUAUAGUCCUU